CUGCGAGUGCCGGGCCAGGGUUGCGGUCCGGCUGCCAUGGAUCCGCCGGCGGGCGCCGCUCGCCGCCUGCUCUGCCCCGCGCUGCUGCUGCUGCUGCCGCCGCUCCUGCUGCCGACGCCUCCGGCGAACGCCCAGCUCGCCGCUGCCGCCGCCGACCCCCCAGGGGGACCCAUGGGGCAUGGAGCGGAGCGCAUCCUGGCGGUGCCGGUGCGCACUGACUCUCAGGGCCGCUUGGUGUCCCACGUGGUGUCGGCGGCGACGGCCAGGGCGGCGGUUCGGACCCGCAGGGCUACCCCAGUCUGGACCCCGGGCUUCCCCGAAGGCAGCGAGGAAGACCCUGGCAGCCGCCUCUUCUACAAUGUCACAGUCUUCGGCAGAGACCUGCAUCUGCGGCUGCGGCCCAACGCCCGCCUCGUGGCGCCUGGAGCCACCGUGGAGUGGCAGGACGAGUCGGGCACCACUCGCGUGGAGCCCCUUCUUGGAACCUGUCAAUACGUCGGGGAUGUAGCCGGCCUGCCCGCAACCUCCUCUGUGGCGCUCAGCAACUGCGACGGGCUGGCUGGCCUGAUCCGGAUGGAGGAAGAGGAGUUCUUCAUUGAACCUGUGGAGAAGGGACUGGCGGCACAGGAGGGUGAGCAGGGCCGCAUGCAUGUGCUGUAUCGCCGCCCGCCCAACCGUGGGCCCCCUCCUCCAGGAGCACCACAGGCCCUGGACACAGGAGCCACUCUGGGCAGCCUGGACAGCCUCAGCCAGGCCCUGGGGGUGCUGGAAGAGCGAGUCAACAGCUCAAGGCGGAGGGCACGGAGGCAUGCUGCAGACGAUGACUACAACAUCGAGGUCCUGCUGGGUGUGGACGACUCUGUGGUCCAGUUCCAUGGGAAGGAGCACGUGCAGAAAUACCUGCUCACGCUCAUGAACAUCGUCAAUGAAAUUUAUCACGACGAGUCCUUGGGGGCCCAUAUCAACGUUGUUCUUGUGCGGAUCAUCCUGCUGAGCCACGCGAAGUCCAUGAGCCUCAUUGAGAUUGGAAACCCCUCUCAGAGCCUGGAGAAUGUCUGCCGCUGGGCCUACCUCCAGCAGAAGCCGGACACCGGCCACGACGAAUACCACGAUCAUGCCAUCUUCCUCACCCGACAGGACUUUGGGCCGUCAGGCAUGCAAGGCUAUGCGCCUGUCACUGGAAUGUGCCACCCGGUCCGCAGCUGCACCCUGAACCAUGAAGAUGGCUUCUCCUCCGCCUUUGUGGUGGCCCACGAGACCGGCCAUGUGCUGGGCAUGGAGCACGACGGGCAGGGCAACCGCUGUGGUGACGAAGUGAGGCUAGGCAGCAUCAUGGCGCCCCUGGUGCAGGCUGCCUUCCAUCGCUUCCACUGGUCCCGCUGCAGCCAACAGGAGCUAAGCCGCUACCUCCACUCAUAUGACUGCCUGCGGGAUGAUCCCUUCGCCCACGACUGGCCAGCACUGCCACAGCUCCCCGGCCUGCACUACUCCAUGAAUGAGCAGUGCCGCUUCGACUUCGGUCUGGGCUACAUGAUGUGCACGGCGUUCCGGACCUUCGACCCCUGCAAGCAGCUGUGGUGCAGCCACCCUGACAACCCCUACUUUUGCAAGACCAAGAAGGGCCCCCCUCUGGAUGGGACCAUGUGUGCACCUGGCAAGCACUGCUUUAAAGGACACUGCAUCUGGCUAACACCUGACAUUCUCAAGCGGGACGGAAACUGGGGCGCCUGGAGUCCGUUUGGCUCCUGUUCACGCACUUGUGGCACAGGUGUGAAGUUCAGGACCCGCCAGUGUGACAACCCACACCCAGCCAAUGGGGGCCGCACCUGCUCAGGCCUUGGCUACGAUUUCCAGCUCUGCAACCCCCAGGACUGCCCUGACUCCCUGGCUGAUUUCCGUGAGGAGCAGUGCCGCCAGUGGGACCUGUACUUCGAGUAUGGUGAUGCCCAGCACCACUGGCUGCCCCAUGAGCAUCGGGAGGCCAAGGAGCGCUGCCAUCUAUACUGCGAGUCCAGGGAGACUGGGGAGGUGGUGUCCAUGAAGCGCAUGGUGCACGACGGGACACGCUGCUCCUACAAGGAUGCCUUCAGCCUCUGUGUGCGUGGGGACUGCAAGAAGGUGGGCUGUGAUGGGGUGAUUGGCUCCAGCAAGCAGGAGGACAAGUGCGGUGUGUGUGGAGGAGACAACAGCCACUGCAAAGUGAUCAAGGGGACAUUCACACGCUCGCCCAAGAAGCAAGGCUACAUCAAGAUGUUCGAGAUCCCGGCAGGAGCCAGACACCUGCUCAUCCAAGAGGUGGACACCACCAGCCAUCAUCUGGCCGUCAAGAACCUGGAGACAGGCAAGUUCAUUUUAAAUGAAGAGAACAACUUGGAUCCUAACUCCAAGUCCUUCAUUGCCAUGGGUGUGGAGUGGGAGUACCGAAAUGAGGAUGACCGGGAGACACUGCAGACCAUGGGCCCCCUCCACGGCACCAUCACUGUCCUGGUCAUCCCGCAGGGAGACAGCCGGAUCUCACUGACCUACAAAUACAUGAUCCACGAGGACUCGCUCAAUGUCGAUGACAACAACGUCCUGGAAGAGGACUCCAUGAACUACGAGUGGGCACUGAAGAAGUGGUCCCCCUGCUCCAAGCCCUGUGGCGGAGGAUCACAGUUCACCAAGUAUGGCUGCCGCCGGAGGCUGGACCACAAGAUGGUGCACCGUGACUUCUGCGAUACCGUGGCGAAGCCCAAAGCCAUCCGCCGUGCCUGCAACCCACAGGAGUGCUCUCAGCCUGUGUGGGUGACAGGUGAGUGGGAGCCAUGCAGCCAGAGCUGUGGGCGGACGGGCAUGCAGGCUCGCUCGGUGCGCUGCAUCCAGCCCUUGCAUGACAACACUAACCGCUCUGUGCACACCAAGCACUGCAACGACGCACGGCCGGAGGGCCGCCGGGCCUGCAACCGCGAGCUCUGUCCUGGCCACUGGCGGGCCGGGCCCUGGUCCCAGUGUUCAGUGACCUGUGGAAACGGCACCCAGGAGCGGCCAGUCCUCUGCCGAACCUCGGAUGACAGCUUUGGCAUCUGCCGGGAGGAGCGGCCAGAGACGGCUCGGAUCUGCAGGCUUGGCCCUUGUCCCCGAAACAUCUCUGACCCUUCCAAGAAAAACUACGUGGUUCAGUGGCUAUCCCGCGCAGAUCCCGAUGUGCCCAUUGCCAAGACAUCGUCAAAGGGCCGCUGCCAAGGUGACAAGUCAAUGUUCUGUAGGAUGGAAGUCUUGUCUCGCUACUGCUCUAUCCCAGGCUACAAUAAGCUCUGCUGCAAGUCCUGUAACCUGUACAACAUCAGCAACAUGGAUGACAGGACACAGCCACCACCUGGCAAGAACAAUGACAUUGAAGAGCUCAUGCCCACCCUCCUGGUACCCACUCUAGUCAUGGAGGUUCAGCCUACGCCAGGUGCCCCCCUGGAGGUCCCGCUCAAUGCCUCCAGCACCAAUGCCACCGAGGAUCACCCAGAGACAAAUGCUGUAGAUGUGCCCUACAAAAUCCACAGUCUGGACGAUGAAGUCCAGCCACCCAACCUAAUCCCUCAACGGCCAAGCCCAUAUGAAAAGACCAGAAACCAAAGAAUCCAAGAGCUCAUUGAUGAGAUGCGGAAGAAAGAAAUGCUCGGAAAGUUGUAAUAAAAUGGAAAGAUAGCAUCGAUAGCAUUUUUUUUUCUUGCUUAUAGAGAUAUUCCAUGUGAUAGCAAAUCCUGUGUCGUGAAGAUGAAGUCCAAAUUCCUGACUCCAAAAGGUUUUGAGAAAACAAAGAGUGGGCAUGACAUCAAAAAUAUGGGAGCAUGUGCCAACUGGGCUAGCACACAAGUUUUCCAACCCACAAGUGGUCUAAAUCCUGUACUGCCAACACCAAGAGGGUUUUAGGUGUUGGAUGGAAAGGAAUACAGAGGUUCUUCAACCUCUUUCGGUGACGGGAGGGCAAGAAGGAUAACUGAGAGAGAAACCAUUUGCCUCAAGUUUCUGAGCAGCGAUUGGGAAAUCUUCCUUUCCUUGGUGGUGACAAUCCUCUUGGAUAUCCAGGACACUUCCUACAAAUCCCCAGACCAAGGAAAAAGCCCCAUGGGGACUCUUAGGAGAAAUGGUGAUUUAUUAAAUAAUUGACCAAUUACUGAGAGGGGCACAAUGAAGUGGAGGUUGUGAACUUAAAUGCCUUCAAGGGCCAGGCAAGUGACAAGGAUGAGUGUAGUGUCCAUUUAGGGACUGUGACCAACCUCAGAGCCAUGCCCUUCUAGAGCUGGUUGUCAGCUCCAGCCAUUGCUGCCAUGUGCAGAUAGUCUGCUUUUUUAGGAGAAGUCAGAUGUCUAGAUUUUCAUGUGAAAACUCUAAAUUUUUAAAGGUCAACUCAAAAUAUUUUAAAGGGGUCUGUUCUGGGAGUCUGUGAGGCUCUACAAUUACCAGAUUGAAACCUCUGGCUCAGUCUUGGCCUGAUGCAAUUUUGUUAAUUAAAGACAGGAAAAGUCAUCUGACACAUUUGGUGCUCAUAUUGUACUGCAUAUGAAUAUCUCAUCCAAAUUUGAGCUGUGCUACAGUGUAUUUUUUUUCCAGGAAAGCAAUGAGAACCCUAUAAGUGAGGACAUGAGGAUGGAUCUGGAAACCCUGGUGGCAUAGUGGUUAAGUGCUACAGUUACUAGCCAAAGGGUCGGCAGUUCGAAUCUGCUAGGUGCUCCUUGGAAACUCUAUCGGGCAGUUCUACACUGUCAUAUAGGGUCACUACGAGUCAGAAUCGACUGGACAGCACUGGGUUUGGUUUUUUUGGUUUUUGAGGAUACAUCUAAACAGUGGGCCAUGUUUCCUGCAUUAGGAGGGGACACUGGGAGCUCUUCCCAGGCUUUCCCAGGGCCUCUCCCCCCACCUCUAACUCUGGCCUUGGUUGCCCUCUCCCAGGCACUGGUGGAAGGCCCCAGCACUCUCCUUUGGCUGGCCUGGCCUCAGACGCUGGCUCUCCUAGAGAGGUUCUUUCCCUUCCUAAGUGUAGUAGAAGGAUGAAGGAGGCAUGCAUUCUGCUGGGAAAGUCCCAUGAGUGGUCUAAGCCCCAUGAAUCUCCUAAUCUAGAGGGGCUGAGGGAGUAUUGCCACCAGGGUGGCCAAGCCCCAAAAUUCUGAGACCCUGGGUUUUUUGGACUGACGUUUGCUCCUGAAAACCAGCUUCACUUGUGGGUUUUCCUUGUCUAGUCUUUUGGGAGUCUCCGCUCUCCUGCCCUGCCUGCACUUUCAACCCUUAGGGGACUCCGAGGUUCCGGAAUCCAGCAAUAAACUUCAGGAUAUACUCUCUGCUGGGAGGCAGGGUGAGAGGUGGGAGAGACGGUCUCUCCUUUCUUUUGCUCUUUCCAAACUUUGUUUGGCACCCUCUGUUUUCAUUAUAAUGGUGCUUUGUGAGCAAGGGAAACCCUGGUGGCAUAGUGGUUAAGUGCUACAACUGCUAACCAAGAGGUCAGUAGUUCCUUGGAAACUCUAUCAGGCAGUUCUACUCUGUCCUACAGGGUCGCUGUGAGUCGGAAUCGACUUGACCGCAGUGGGUUUGGUUUUGUGAGCAAGAUGAGAAUUAGAAACAGGAGGAAAGAGGAGGUGUGUGGGAGAAGCAUGGGUAACUUUUCAUUCAAUGUCUUGUGAACGUGCAGCUUAAACUUCCCAAAAUUACAAGAUUCAGGGGGCACAUUAGCUCCUUAGCUGGGCCUAGCUUGACACAUAAUUCUUAAGCGUUAGAUGCCUAGGAAAGUUCUAGAGGCUUCAUAUUCUCACCAGUCAUAGAUCUUAGCACUUUUUCUUAUCAAAUUCCCCAUUGUAUGGAUGAGAACACUUAGGCUCAGGUAAUACCAUAAAGGUGACUUUGUAUUGAGUUUUGAGGUGCUAAGUGUAUUUGUCUGAACCUGCAUAUGUGUCUGGGUGGUCUAAGAAACAAAGUGAGGGUGCAGGAAACAGUAAGAAGGACUUCUGGGGUUGAUGCUUAACUUUCAAACUGGUGAACGCCCCUAGGGUGAUAAUGACCCCUCCACCCCCUGCUGCUAGCAUUUUCCACACAAGCCCCUACACUGUCCCAAUGUCUCAAAGGAGCUUGCUGGCCCCUAAGAACAAAACUGGAAAAAUGCUUUUGGCUCUCUUUUACAGAAUCACUUCUUAGCACUUUUGUAAUCCUGCCUGUCUAUAAUUGGGAAAGGAUCCCACUGCUUUCCUCAUUUGUUGAACCCUUGGUCGUUGGUGCCUUUCACAAACUCAAGGAGUGGACAUUUCUUGCUUGGGUGUGUCCUAGAAGGCGGAAGGAGUAAAGGACUGAAACUAUACCUACCUGUUGCCUUUGAGUGAAUUCCAACUCAUAGCAACCCUACAGAACAGAGUAGAACUGCCUCAUAGUGUUUCCAACUUUGUAAAUAUUUAUGGAAUCAGACUGCCACAUCAUCUUUCUCCCACAGAGUGGUUGGUGGGUUUCAACCGCUGACCUUUCAGUUAGUAGUAAAGCAUUUAACCAUUGUGCCGCCAGAGCUCCUUACAGGACUAACACCAGCUAGGUGGUAUUACUCUAUUUACCCCACCAGGAAGCUGUAGGAGGUGAAUACUCCAUUCCCAAAUCCCUAGAAACCAGGGCUUCAUGUCUCAGGGGCUGGAAGCCUUCAAGGAGAGGCUGUAUGUGGGACAUUCCUAUGGGUCCCUGUCCUCUACUGGAGGGAGAAAGAUGCCUUCUAGGAACUGUAGGCCAGCUUGGCUUGGCCCCAAGUGUCAUAUUCAGUGCUUAGGCCAGACGUCCAAGAGUUCCCCAGAACUAGAUGGUCCUCAGAGAUCUCUGUCCAAGGCACACGGAGUUCACCUGGCUCUGAGAAACUGUGUCAAAUCUCUUUCGAGCACAGGACCAGGUGUAGAGUUGGCUUAAAACAGUCCUCAGCCUCCAAAGACAGCUUCUGUGUCUGAGGUGUCCCUGGAGCUUAGAGGAAGCAGACAAGUGUCUGCUGAGGAACAAGAGGUCCUUUACUCUGCGGCACUGGGAAAUCAGUUGAGGUGACUGAGAGCCACUUCUCAGUUUGUGGGUGAAACUCAUGCUAGAUUUUUGGGACUGGCCCUGACAUCCCUUUUGGUAAACCCAUGGAAUUUCUUGUAUAAGCCUUUCACUAGUAUUUUAUGGUUUUGUUUUGUUUUUCAUAUAUAAAUGGUGCUCAAUAGCAAUAUCUUUAUCUGAUGAAGCAUUAUGACUCUCUUACUCCUGUAUGACAGGUACCUACCAUACUGAAUCACCACGGUGCUGAACUCAAACCACAACACUUUAUCUUGCUGACGACAGCAAUCAAUACGUGUUUGAUGUAUAGUAAAAUUUGAUUCCUUAAUUUUAUAACUUAUUAAAGUCAAAAUGUCUGUUUUGCAAAUCAUG